UGAUGCGGAAGUCACACCUCUGUCGCAACUUGCAGAUGCCACCGUGUACUUGUUUGCAUGGACACACAUGACAUGAUAUGACACCCCCACACCCCCACAUACAUCUAGCCUAUAAAGCCACACACAUAAGACACUCGCAACAGAUACACAACACGAAAAGCAGAAGAAGAGGACACGCUGAGCACAACUAUGGGGGUCUUCAUUUCGCGACUUUUUGCCAUGUUUACUGCCAAAACUCCCACCAGGAUUCUAAUGGUUGGUCUGGACGCUGCCGGUAAAACCACUUUGCUGUACAGGAUGAAGCUGGCUGAGGUGGUCACCACCAUCCCCACCGUGGGGUUUAAUGUAGAAACGGUUGAAUAUAAAAACAUCUCCUUCACUGUUUGGGAUGUCGGCGGGCAAUUUGUCAUCAGACCGCUAUGGAGACACUACUACACAAACACUAAUGGCGUCAUCUUUGUGGUGGACAGUAACGACCCUCAGAGGCUCAAAGAGGCUGCUGAAGAGCUGCACAGGAUUCUGGAAGAGGACGAGCUGAGGAAGGUGGCGUUGCUGGUGUUUGCCAACAAGCAGGACCUCCCUCAAGCCAUGACUGUCAGUCAGGUCAGCGAGGGGCUGCGCCUGUCGGGAAUCACGCAGCCGUAUUAUGUUCAGGCAUCCUGCGCAGUGAGCGGGUCAGGUCUGGUCGAAGGUUUGGAUUGGCUCUCGAAGAUGAUCCUGAAGCAGUCAUAGCUGACGUGUUGCAGACUUGUGCCUGCCUGCUUACCUCAUCAACAUGGCUGCCGUACACCAGCGAAGCACAAAGAAAGAAGUAAAACACUUUUUUACAUGGUUUUUUUCUCUUACGAAAUGGUUCUGUUGAUUUGAUGGGUUUAUAUUUGUACAAUUAGAUUGCAAAAUGGGCACUGAUAUAAGAUUUAUUCACGUUGUUCUGCUUUAUCACAUUUGUGACAAAGAUUUAAUAAGCAUGUUUAUACUGUACAUAUUUAUUGUCAAUAAAGUGACUAUAGGGUGUGCUGA